AAAAGUAUCGUGAAUGACAUCUCCAAUUAUCAUUUUUCUCCCAUUAAAAUGACUCUGAACCUUGAAGGAUUUCCUUUGCCUACUCUGGACCAUCUAGGAGUGUCGUCUAUAUCACCAAGCGAUCAUAUUGACGCGAAAGCGAUUGCCUCAGAUUGGUUCAACCAGUUUGCAACGUGCUUAAAGGACAACGAUGUCGAAGGGACGCUCGGCUUAUUCAACAAUGAAUCGUACUGGCGCGAUAUCUUAGCCUUUACCUGGGACUUCCGUACCUUCAUCGGUACCAACAACAUCAAACAGUUUCUUAAAGAUCGUUUAUCGAUUUCUCAACCAAAGGCAUUCAAACUCCGUGACGAAUUGCUUGGGGUCCAACAACCUUAUCCUGAUCUCAUAUGGAUAUCAUUCAUGUUCGACUUCGAAGUUGGAGAUACAGGGAUCGCAUCUGGUAUUGGACGUCUAGUUCCUCAAAUCGACGGUAGCUGGAAGGCGAACUGCAUUUUCACUAAUCUCGAAGAUUUGAAGGGAUUUCCAGAGAAAGUCGGCUCUUUACGCAAUCUAGAGCCGAAUCAUGGAUUGUGGGAGGCUUUGAGACGGCGUGAAACUGCAUUUGAGGACAAGGAACCUACUGCUUUGAUCAUAGGAGGUGGUCAAGGUGGUAUGGAAAUCGCCGCUAGACUGAAGAUGCUUGAUGUGUCAGCCUUGGUAGUGGAAAAGAACGCCCGAAUCGGAGACAGCUGGCGUAAUCGGUAUAAGGCAUUGUGCCUUCACGAUCCUGUCUGGUAUGACCACAUGCCAUACCUUCCCUUUCCACCUAACUGGCCAGCAUAUUCACCUGCUGCAAAACUUGCUGGGUGGUUGGAAUACUACGCCGAGGCAAUGGAACUCAACGUUUGGACCUCAUGUGAAGUUACGAAAGCUGACCGGGACGAAGCCAAUGACAGUUGGGCUGUUACUGUACACUUUUCUGAUGGAAGGGAUCAUAACUUCAAGGGCAUUAAACAUCUCAUCUUUGCCACUGGCCUCAACGGCAACCAGCCGAAUGUCCCUUCAUAUCCUGGCAUGGAUUCUUUCAAAGGCCAAAUCCUUCAUUCGAGCCAACAUAAUUUGGCUUCCGAUCAUUUAGGAAAGCGAGUCGUGGUCAUCGGGGCGUGCACAUCUGGCCAUGACAUUGCCUCUGAUUACUACCUCAACGGAAUUGAUGUUACGAUGUACCAACGCAGUUCCACAUACAUCAUGAGCACAAAAGCUGGAUGGGAGGUUCUUUUCUCGAAUCUCUAUUCUGAAGGUGCUUUGCCUACAGAUCUUGCUGACAGAGUCAAUGCGUCAUUCCCUUUGGGCUUUAUGAUGAACGGGUUCGCGCAGCGAGCGACUGAAGCAAUUGCGGAGAAAGACAAGGAAAUCCUCGACGGUCUCCGCAAACGUGGUUUCAAGUUGAACACAGGUAUAAAUGGUACAGGGUUCGGAAUGUUAGCUUGGAGCAAGGCUUCAGGCUAUUAUCUAGAUGUCGGGGCUAGCCAAAUGAUCAUAGAUGGAAAGAUUAAAUUGAAGAACGAUAGUUUGUUGCAGUCGUUCACAGAAACGGGGCUCAAGUUUAAAGAUGAUAGUGAGAUCCCUGCAGAUGUUGUAAUCUUUGCAACUGGAUUUGGAGAUGCACGCAAUCUCAUUCGCAAAAUUUGUGGCGACGAUGUUGCGACCAAAUGCAGUCCCGUGUGGGGUCUUACCGACGAGGGAGAGAUUCGUGGAUCAUGGAAAGAUAUGGGUAUUCCCGGCCUAUGGUAUGCCAUGGGGAAUUUGGCUAUGGAUCGGUUCCAUUCAAAACAUCUCGCCCUUCAGAUCAAGGCAAUGGAAGAGAAGAAAUUUGGUCCUCGUUACUCUCGAGUCGGAUAGUGAAGCCAUUGGUUAGAAUCAGAGCUUAUCAGUAGAGGUAUUAGGCCAUGACAUCGAUAAUACUGAACUAUCUCUGAUUUCAUGUAUCAUACCUCAAACCUAUCAUAUUACCUUACUCAGUCUAUCAUACUACUUUGCUCAAACUUUUCUGUUUAAAA